AUGUUGUUUUAUAAAAGCAGCAUAUAUGUGUCUACGCUUCUGUGCUUUCUAAUGCACCCAGCUCUAGGUGUGGAAAUUACACGAGACGUGGUGUUUAAUGUUCCACUACUCGAUAUGGAUGUGACAGUGGAUGCCGGUUUUGCCGUUUCGUUUUUGAGUCAAGGAAGUGUACCAAUUUCAAUGGAAAAUGGUGACAUAGCAAACAAUGGUGUAUUUUGUUUGGGGAAUUCUAACUUCGGGACAAUUUCAUCAGGAACAAUUACGAACAACGGUCCGAUGUUUCUUCAAGCGGAAAAUGUUGAAAGAACGCAAGCCUUACAAGCCACGACAUUGAUUAAUAAUAAUUUCUUGACUUUUUAUGGAGGAGGUGCCGUUAAUUUAUCAAUAACUGAAAGUUUUAUUAAUAAAGGUCUGAUUUACUUCAAUUUUCCUGAUAAUCCAAUCACCAUUGAGGGGCCCGCCAGUGGAAUUGUUAACGACGGUGUAAUAGAUAUUUACUUUACUGGACAAGCAACUAUUUCCAUUUCAAGUAUUGUGGGAACAGGUUGUGUAGUUCUCAAUCAAGGCAAUUUUCCAGCAUUCGAUCUUUCCAAAUCGUUUAAUCAAACAAUAUAUGUCGAGGAUGGUUACUCAUGGAUUAGGUUUUUUGGUAAACAGUUACCAGAUUCUAUUCCAGUUGUGAGAGCAGCUGACUUUUCAAACGGACGUAUCAUGAUAGUUGUUGGUUCAGCCGAAACUACUCCGGAAAGGCCCACUUUUAUUUUUAAUAAUAUCACUGGUAUAGUCAAUAUUACAGUUUCUUCUGGGUCUUACCUUGUCGACGUAGGUCUGAGCAUGGAUCCGGCGCUUUCAACUGCAGGAACAUUUUUAGAUUACAAUGGUGAUGAAUACGCACUUGUUAUUAUAAUGAAAACUAAUGGAGAUGCUAAGCCCUCCAAUUGUCAAACAAAUAUAGAUCAAUCAUCACUUGGCCUCUGUCCUUACCAGCUACCUCUCCCAAACCCUUUAAUAACGACGGCACCAUACGCCGGAAAAACUAUAACCAAACUAGUUUCCUAUGAAACAACACUGGCUUCUGAUGGGUUACCAAGUACGGUGGGCAUCACUAAAUAUUUUAUUCCAUCAUUGACUUUUCCCUCCCCAUACACUACAACUUCUGUUAAUGGUGGCAAGACCUAUACUAAAGUAGUGAGUUAUUUUACUACCUCAGGGUAUCCUCCAUGGUUAACUGAACUGACGAAUCUUCCAUACGUGGGAACCACUACGUCAACUCUUUCAUUUUCGAUCCCACCACCACACACUAGCACAUUGACAGAGGAUGAUAUGACUGUAUCGGAGAUUAUUUCGUAUUAUUCCACAACGGGUAGUGACGGUAAACCUGCCACGGGGACCACAACUAGUACCCUUACUGCAACGAGCUACGUUACAACCACGGUGACAGAUUAUAUGAUGGGUACCACUCAUAUCACGAGGGAUCAUACUUCACAAGGGACUUGGGCCAGCUCAACGACAUAUUCUACGGAAAUCGAGACGUACAUUAUUAGGGCUUCCCCCACGGGAACAGGAACUGAAACUUUGUCUACAAUUAGCUGA